UUUAAAUAUGUCAACUCAAGAUUUAUAAUUGUUAGAAAACCAACUUCUAUUGUCUAAAGAUGAAGCAAUAGGCAAACUUAUUAAAGGCACAGACCAAUAUUAUUAUUAUUAUUUUUUAAAGAUUUUCAAUCAACAUGGAUAUCAACUAACAACAGAAUAGAAACAUUAAUUAGAAGCUUUUAAAGACAUGCAAACCUAGCUUGCUUAGAAAACUAAUUUAAGAGCUUUAUUUUUGGAAUAUGAUUAAUUAAGUAGCUAAACUCCAUCUGAAGAAAUUGAGUAGCAAUAAAAAGCUAUAGUUGAUAAAAUCAAUAGAUAUUACUUUAAAUUUACCUUUAGUCAGGAAGCACCUUCAAUUGCAAGAGUAAAAGUUUAUUUUAAUUGUAGGGAUAAUCUUAAUCUGGAGGUCUAAUUGAGUAAAUGACUUAUAAGUCAAAAUUUAAUGAAAGCAUUUUUGAAACAAACAAAUUCUUAGAAAAUGCUUAUACAGAAGCAGGAUUUGCUAAAAUAAAACAAUAACUUUAUGGAUCUCUAGAUGUAAAUAAAAUUGCAACAAGCUCUAUAAAAGUAAUAAAAACUUUUUUAUAAAAUGUUGGCAAUGAAAUUAUAGAGUACUUAUAAUUUAAAUAUUCAUAGUUUUCCUGGAAUACCUGAAUUCUAUAAUUCAUUAUCUAAUUUAAAAGACUUUAAAAAUGAUUUUUAGUAAACUCAUUUUAGAAAAUUGAGUUUAUCAUAAAUGGAAGAGUUACUCCAAUUAAAUAAGAAAUUUUUAGAAAAUUAAUAGUUUGUUGGAGAAUACUAUUUGAAAAAAUUCUAGUAUGAUCUAAAAGAUAUUUAAUAUUCUAAAUUAACAGAAGCUGAAAAAAAAUAGGUUUUAUCAAAUAUUAAAAAUGUCUAUAAUUGGACAAGUACAUUACCUCCAAAAUUUAAAUCAUUUAAUGAUUAAAUCCUUUAUGAAUUAUUAUAAAUAGGUAAAGAAUGAAUUUAUAUUUUUUAGGUAUUGAAGUUAAUGAAUAUGAUUUUGAUUUAUUUUUGGUUUUCUUAAAAGAUCCAAAAGAAGAUUAUGAUGCAGCUACAGAAAAAUAAAAAAUAUUCAUAAAAAAUAAUAAAAGAAGCUAUUAAUAAUAAUGGCAUGAAUAUCAUUAAUUGAAUACAAAUAGAUGGAUAGCAACAGAUUCAAUAAUAGAAAAAUAUUUAUAAAAAUAUUUUGAAAAGAAUGAUGAAUUAGGAAUUCUAGAAUAAUAUUUAGAUACCAAAUAUUUAAAGAGAAUUCAAGCAACUGUAAAAUUACAUUAAGGUUAAGAAUUAUAAAAUAUUUAUGAUUAUUUAUCAAGUUCUUAGAUUGAAUAAAUGAACUCAAGUAAAUCAUUAACAAUAUGUUCAUUUAAUUAAAUGUAUUUUAAACAUGGAGAUUCAGUUAAAUUGUAUGUUGAAUUAAAGAAUAUUCCAAAAUUGAAUGUUAAAAUAUUUGAAUUUAAUUCUGAAAAUUAUUAUUUACAAAAAUAAUAAUAAUUAGAUUCUUCGAUUAAUUUAGAUGGUUUAAUUGCAUUUGAAGAAACUGAUUUCACUUAUGCUUACCCACCAAUUUAAAAAGUAAUUAAAGAAUUUGAGUUUCAAACUAUAACUAAAAUUUAAAGAGGAAUAUUUAUAGUAGAAUUUAUUGGUAAUGGAAUAUCAUCAAGAGCUCUUAUAAAGAAAGGAAGAUUAUAAUUAAGAGAAACAAUGACAUCAGCUGGUCAUAGAUUUUAAAUUUUUGAUGAAAAUUUCGAAUUAUGUGUAGGUGAAAAAACAGGAAUUUGGAUUGAUAAGAAAUUUUAUAAUGUGGAUCAAUAAAGAAAAGAAAUAUUGAUUCCAUUUGGUUAAAGAGAUCAAUAAUUCAAUGCCGUUAUUGUUCAUGAUAAUUUUGCUGAAUUUACAACUGUUUUUAUUUAAUAAGAGAAGUAUCAAUUGAAAUGUGCCUUUUUGGUUGCUGAUGAUUCUUUGUUAAUGGGAUGUCAAGCAAAAGCAGUUAUAAUUCCAAAACUUUUUGUAAAUGGAACUGAAGUUGGUAUAGCAUUGCUUUAAGAAUAAAAGGUAUCAGUAACAAGUACAAAUGAUGCUGGUGUUCCUGCAACAAUACCAUUUGAUAAUAUUAAAUUAGAAAAUGAUAAACCAUUUGAAGUAUAAUUCCCUAUAACAUCUAAAUUAAAAGUAAUUGAGAUUAAAAUAAGUGGAAAAAUAACAAGAAUGCAUAAAGAAGAUAAUAAGAAAGAAGAAUAACUAGAAUAAUCACAUUUUAUCUACAUUAACAAUCUGGAAGGAUAAUCAGUAUUUUGUAACUAGUUAUUGAAAUAUGAUUCAAUAAAUGGAUAUUAAAUAUGUAUAGUUGGUAAAAAUGGUGAACCAAAAAGAGGACUUUAAACAACUAUUACAUUUACAUUAUCUUCAAUAAAUCAUACUUAUAAUGAAUAAUUUACUACUGAUGAAAAAGGUAGAGUGUAUUUGGGAAGUUUGAAGAAUGUAAGUUCUAUAGCUUCAAAUGUUAAAAGUAUAGGAGAUAUAGCUGUAUCAUAGAAAUCAUGGCCAAUUAAUUAAAAAAGUUCAAUUUCUUAUCCAUCAAAAUUAACAGUGCUUACAGGAUAAUAAAUUAAUUUACCAUAUUGUGAUAUUGGAGAUAUAAAGAAUCCAUUUGUCCUUUAUCAAGUUUUUGGAACAACAGAAAGAGCUAUUAUAAAAAGUUUAACAGAUUAGAUAACUGUUUAAGAAUAAUCCAUUUCAUUUAAAUUAGAAAAUAAAGGAAAUUAUGAAUUAUAAUUUGUGAAAGAUAGAAAUACAAUUCAUAUUAAUGUUAUAGAUGGAUAAUUAUGGAAAGGAACUAAUAUUAUUAAAUAUUAAAAUCAAUUAAUAAUUGAAAAAGGUUUAGAUCAAUUGGUUGCAAUUUCAAAAGUUGAUUAAGUAAAAGAAGAAAAUGGAACUAAAAUUAAUGGUAACAUAGUAUCAAAAUAAAAGGUAUCUAUCUUUGCCUAUGCUACAUCAUUUUUAAAUGAAUAAUUCGAUCUUUAAGUUAGUUAAAUCUAAUAAUUGAUUAAUAGAGAUAGAUCUGAAUAGUUAUAAAUAAAUUUAUACAGUAGUGUAUUCUAAUCAAAUAAGGAAUUGUCAGAUGAAUAAAAAUAUGUUUUAAAUCGAAAAACAUAAGAAAGAUAUAUUGGAAAUACACUUGAGAAACCUUAAUUCUUAUUGAAAAGAUAAUAAAUUAGAGAAACUACAACCUAAGGAGAAUAAUUAAAUCAAGAAGGAUCAUAUAAAGAAAAAUAUGAAUAAUAAAGUUUAUCACGAUAAGCUUAAAAUAAAUCAGUAGGUUAUGGAUCUGCAGGUUCAAAAAAUUAAUAAGUAACAACUUUCAAUGAUUUUUUGAAAUAUCCAGCUAUAUUAUAUUCAAAUAUAGUUUUAGAUGAAAAUAACAACUUCUAAUUAAAUGUACCACAACAUUAUUCCACAGUGACAUUACUUGUAUUUAAUGAAUCAUCUUAUUAAUUUUAAAUAUUACCUCUUGAGAAUGAAACUGUGGAAACUAGAAAUCUUGCUCAUUAAUCUACAUUAGAGAAAGAUAAAUUCUAUUCAAUUUAUAGAAACUCAUCUAAUGUACAAAAGAAUGUUCCAUUUUAAGUUCAAGAUUUAACAUCUACAGAAAUUAAGCUAGUUGAUUCGCUUGAUAAAAUGUUUAUCAUUUUGAAAGAAUUGAAAAAAGCUAGUGGUGAUGAUAGUGGAUCUAAGGACUUCUAAAAAUGGGAAUUCUUAGUCAAAUGGUACUAACAAAGCACAGAACAAAAGCAUAAGUUAUAUGAUGAACAUUAGUGUGAUGAAUUGAAUUUAUUUAUUUACUUUAAAGAUUCAGCAUUUUUUGAAACUUAUACAGAAAGCUAUAUAAGAAAUAAAAUAGAGAAAAGCUUUAUUGAUUAUUUCUUAUUAAAGGAUGAUGAAAUGUUAAAAUAAUAUGGAUCAAUGUAAAAGAUUACUGAAUUAAAUGCUUUGGAAUAAACGUUAUUAGUUAUUUACUUUGCAGAGAUAUCUAAUUAAUUGGAAGAUGCAAAAUAAAUAGCAUCUUAUUUAGAAAAUCUUAAUAAAUAGAAUAUUACUGAUUAGAGAAUUUUUAAAAAAUAUUUUGACACUGUUUUGGGUGCUAAAAUAGAAACUGAAGAUGAAAACAUUGAAGUUGGUUAAUAUGAUAUGGUUUAAUAACAAACACUUUUGCAGCAUGUUCAAUAACCAGUUUUUACUUAAGCUCAUAUGAAUUUAAUGUGUAUGAAUUAGGCACCUGCACCAAGAAUGAUGAUGAUGUAAUAGUAAAUGCCCUAAAUGGCUUGUAUCUAAUAAGAGAGAAUGAGAAUGCCAAUGGCAUAAACUUGUUCAGCUGCACCACGUAGGUAAAUGUAAUAAAUGGAAUGUUGUGAUUUAAUGGAUGAUUUUAGCUAUAGUAGAGCUUAACCUUAAAAUGACAGCUAUUACAGAGAAAAAAGGUCAUAAUUCAUUGAGAAUUUCAAAAAUAUUGAAAAAACAAAAGAAUAUUGUGAAAAACAUUACAGUACAGGAUGCUAAAAGGAGAACUUCAAAAAUUUAGUUAGUUUAAAUGGAUUCUAUGUUGAUUUAGUUAAUCAUUCAAUCACUAAAGGUAUAUUAAAAGAAGAUUUUCUGUCUUCCAAAUUUAUACAUUGUAUAAAUAACUAAACUGAAAUGAUUGCUGUUUUAACACUUAUUGGUUUACCAAAUGAAGCCCCAGUUUAAGAAUAUAAAUAAUUUGGAGGAAAAGGUGUUGAAAUCACAACAAAAUGUUCUGCUUUAUUCUUUAUGAAAGAAAUAAAGGAAGGAAAAGCAUAAUUAAGAUAAGACAUUUUAAUAGCUUAAAGAUUCUUUGAUCCAAAUGAUAGAUUUAUAAUAUCUGAAGAUGAUCCAGAAUUAUAAUUAGAAAAGGAUGUAAAUGAAUGUUUAAUAGAUAAAGUUUAUGGCUGUUAAGUCAUCAUCACUAAUUGUUCAUCAACAAGAGCUGAUUAUUAAGUUUUAGUAGAAUUACCUAAUGGUGCUAUUCCUGUUAAUACAGUAUUCUAUACAAAAUCUUAUACAAUUAAUUGUUAACCAUAUACAACUUAAAGAAUUGAAUAUUUCUUCUAUUUCCCUAAGGUUGGUACAUUCACUGUAUAUCCAGCAAAUGUUUCUAGAUUUGGUUAAGUUGUAUGUGUUGCUUAAGAAGGUUAAUUAAAAGCAGUUGAAUCAAAAUCAAUUUAAAAUUUAGAAGCUAUUGAUGAUAUUUUAGCUAAAGGUAAUAAAGAGGAUAUCUUAAAUUUCUUGGCAACUAAAAAUAUAUUUAAUAGAAAUAUAUUUAGAGCUGAAGAAAUCAGAUAUUUAUUAAAAGAUAAAGAUUUCUAUUUGAAAGUGAUUUCAAUCUAUCGUAAAAGAAGAUUCAAUGAUUUUGAAAGUUUGAAAUAUUCAAUCUAUCAUGCUGAUAAAUAGAGCAUGAAAGAAUUAUUCCUUCAUAACAAUUGUUAAGAAUUAUUCAGAAGAACUUUCAAAUAUUUCUAAUGUUCUCUAUUUGAAUUUAAUAAUAUUAGAAUGCUUGAAUAUUAUCCUUUAAUUACAAAGAGAGUUCAUAAACUCACAUCUGAAGCUAAAGGAAUUUUAAAUGUUGAAUUUAGAAAUUAAUAUGUUGAUUUCUUAACUUAUUUAGUUGAAAAACCAAAACAUAGUUUAAGUGAUAAAUUAGGAUUCAUUUAUUAUUUAUUGUUACAAGAAAGAAUUAAUGAAGCAAUUUAAAUUUAUAAAACUAUAAAUGAUGUAGAAGCUUAAGGUGAAGCUAUCUUAUAAUAUGAUUAUUUCUCAGCCUAUCUUGAUUUUUAUAUAGGAUAUCCUAAUUUUGCUAAAGCAAGAGAAAUCUGUGAAAAAUAUUUAAAUUAUCCAGUCAUUCAUUGGAGAAAUAUUUUCUAUGAAGUAGUUAACUUAUUAGCUGAAUAUGAUGGUGAUGAUGAUGAAAAUCAAAAAUUAAAGACUGAAACUACUGUUAAAUAGAAAUAAAUUGAAUAAGCCAAAAAAGAAGAAACAUUAUAAUCAAUUAUUGAAGGUAAUGAAAUCUAAAUAACAUAUUCAAAUUUAAACAAAGUCAUCAUAUAAUUCUAUAAAAUAGACUUAGAAAUUCUAUUUUCAAGAAAUCCAUUCUUAAAUUAGAAUGAAGAAGAUUUUGCAUUUGUCUUACCUAAUUCUAUUGUAGAAGCAUCAUUAGAAGCUUAAUAAUAACCAGGAUUGUAAACUAUUUAUUUUAUUUUUAUAGGACAUAUAAAAAGUCAGUUGCUAUUCCUGAAGAACUAAGAAAAUUCAAUCUUUUCAUUUAAAUUAAAGGAAUUAGUAAAAGAACAUCAAAUCGUUAUUAUUCUACAUCAUUAGGAGUAUAGAUCAUGGAAAAUUAUGGUUAAAUUAGGGUUUCAGAUUCUGAAGGAAAAUAUUUAUCAAAAGUUUAUGUGAAAGCCUAUAUUAGAGAGAAAAAUGGAAAAGAAUCAUUCUAUAAAGAUGGUUAUACUGAUUUAAGAGGAAGAUUUGAUUACGCUUCACUUAGUUCAGCUAAUCUAGAUGAUGCUUCCAAAUUUUCAUUAUUAAUCACAAGUGAUGAAUAUGGUAUUAAUAUAUAUAUUAUAAAAAUAGGAUCUAUUAUAAAGGAAAUUAAUGCUCCUUCUUAAGUUGGUAAAUUUGAAACUGAAGUUAAACUUGUCUCUAAUAAAUGGAAUGAAAGAGCUGUUUGUGAAUAGGUCAAAUAAUCUAAUUUAUAUGAACAAAAGAAAUUUAGUAAAUGUAAAUGAUCUAUCAUUUUAUUCACAAAAUUAUAAUAUCCAUUCA